UAUACCUCUGACGUUUCAGUCUAUGCCCUAUGUUCCGCUCUAUCGUAUUUUAUCAAGCUUUAGCAUAUUGAUGCAAAAAGCUUGCCCUUCUAAAACGUAUCAAGUGAAACGAGUCAAAAAUAAAAAAAAAAAGAAAAAAAAAAAUAAAAAAUGAAAUUCGUUAAUGUUAAACCGAUGUUACGUUUUUAAGUAAAAAAGAAGAAAAUGAAAAAUACAAACAAUUACUGCAUUCUGCAAUGAACAGCGGUUAUGUUUUCCAAUGGAAAGUGGUUUAACGACAAUGGCGGGACUGUCUCCGUCGAAACGACGAUUACAGAAGGAAUUAAUGUCAUUAAUACGUGAACCACCACCUGGUGUCAGGGUAGAUGGUGAUUCAGCUGGACAAAACUUGACACAAUGGAUUGUACACAUGGAAGGUGCAAAGGGUACCUUGUACGAGGGAGAAAGAUUUCAAUUACAAUUUAAAUUCAGUUCCAAGUAUCCCUUUGAUUCGCCGGAAGUAACAUUCAUUGGUAAUAUACCAGUUCAUCCACAUGUUUAUAGCAAUGGCCACAUUUGCUUAUCAAUUUUAACCGAUGAUUGGUCACCGGCACUGAGUGUGCAAAGUGUAUGCUUGAGCAUUGUGUCAAUGCUGAGUAGUUGCAAAGAAAAGAAAAGGCCACCGGAUAAUUCUUUCUAUGUGAAAACCUGCAAUAAAAAUCCAAAGAAGACAAAGUGGUGGUAUCACGAUGACAGUGUUUAAAGGCAAGGUCCGUACAUAAAUCCUCAAGUUGCAUAUGUAUGGGUAUCAUUGGACCAAAUGGAAAGAAAUUUUUCCUGUGUCUUAAAGGAACGUUAAAAAUUUUCGCAACUAAAUUGCUGGGAUUUUAAUACAUAGCUGAAAUAUGUAGGUGCAUAAGCUAGAAAAGUGACUACGGCUUUAUGACAUACUUAUGACCGUAAUUAAAAGAAAAAAAAAGAAAAAAAAAAAGAAAAAAAAAAAAGAAACCGGCAUUUCAAAGUAUUGAAGUCUCGCUCGGUCACGAAUUAUUACAUUGUUAAUAAUAAUAAUAAUGAAAUGUAUUACAUGUUAGGUUUAAAAUGAAGAAUACUAAAUUCAUAAUGCUAAGAGAAAAACAGAUAAAGAUAAGAUGUAGAUAUAAAAAUUGCAAAAUUUCUUUCUUCGUUUAGAGUAGCAAAUCUCUAUUUGUUAAUACCAAUUUAAACGUAUUAGAAAGGAUCUCUUAUCAUUAUGUAACAUUAAAGCUAUGAAGCGAUCACGAAUUCUAUCGCACGAUGUAAAUUCUUUGUUUAUUACAUUUAAUCAUAAGGAUGAAGCAUAGAAAAGUAAUCGAACGUUAGUUGUAUUAAGAAGAGAGAGAGAGAGGGAGAGAGAGAGAGAGAGAGA